UAUGGAAACAUUGAUGAAUUAAAGAUUCUUGUGAAGGAACUCCAUGAAGUUGGUGUUAGGGUUCUUGGGGAUGUUGUCCUGAACCACCGAUGUGCACAAUACAAGAAUCAAAAUGGUGUUUGGAAUAUUUUUGGUGGUCAUUUGAACUGGGAUGACCGUGCAGUCGUUGCUGAUGAUCCACAUUUCCAGGGAAGGGGCAACAAGAGUAGUGGAGAUAAUUUCCAUGCUGCUCCAAACAUUGAUCACUCUCAAGAAUUUGUAAGAAAGGAUAUCAAGGAAUGGUUACACUGGCUGAGAGAAGAAAUUGGUUAUGAUGGAUGGAGGCUUGAUUUUGCGCGGGGGUUUUGGGGUGGUUAUGUCAAGGACUACCUGGAAGCAAGUGAGCCUCACUUUGCCGUAGGAGAAUACUGGGAUUCCCUUCGUUACACGUAUGAUGAAAUGGAUCACAAUCAAGAUGGACAUAGACAGAGGAUCAUUGACUGGAUUAAUGCUACUAAUGGAACUGCUGGGGCUUUUGAUGUGACAACAAAAGGGAUUCUCCAUUCUGCACUUGGAAGAUGUGAAUAUUGGCGAUUAUCAGAUGAGAAAGGAAAACCUCCUGGGGUGGUGGGGUGGUGGCCAUCUCGUGCUGUUACUUUUAUUGAGAAUCAUGAUACUGGUUCUACUCAGGUUGGACCUCGUUACUUAUCUAGUAAAUCAUUUUCUGUGCACUUCGCUGUUGGUUUUUUUCAGUAAAUCAUUAACUUCUUC